CUUUCCACCUUCGCAUCCAUCUUCCCGCACCUCCCCAGGGGAUGCCGUAGCCGGUUUUGCGGGUAGUUUCCCCGUAGGCAGGGCCGUCCCCCCUCCGGCUCCCUCGUUUCACUGCGGGCAGCAGCAGCCCCGCGCUGGGCACGGGCAGGCAGCCCGCCGCAUCAACGCACCGUGCCGUGCCGGCUCCCGGAGCAGCGGGCGGACAUGGCGGGGCCCGGCGGGGCGGCGGCGCCGCUGGUGCUGUACCACUGGACGCAGUCCUUCUCCUCGCAGAAGGUGCGCUUGGCCAUCGCUGAGAAAGCGCUAACGUGUGAAGAACACGAUGUAAAUCUGCCCCUGAGCGAACACAACGAGCCGUGGUUUAUGCGCUUAAAUUCGUCUGGAGAAGUACCUGUCCUCAUCCAUGGGGAAAAUAUUAUUUGUGAGGCAACGCAGAUCAUUGAUUAUCUCGAAGCAACGUUUGUAGAUGAAGAAGUGCCAAGACUAAUGCCGGAAGAAGGGAGCAUGUAUUAUCCAAGGGUGCAACACUACAGAGAACUUUUAGACUCCUUGCCUAUGGAUGCCUACACACAUGGCUGCAUUCUGCACCCUGAGUUAACUGUGGACUCCAUGAUUCCAGCCUAUGCUACAAGCAGAAUCCGUAGUCAAAUAAGUAAUACAGAAUCAGAGUUGAAAAAGCUUGCAGAAGAAAAUCCAGACCUUCAAGAUGCCUACAUAGCAAAACAGAAGCGCCUUAAAUCUAAACUGCUGGAUCAUGAUAAUAUAAAAUACCUAAAGAAAAUACUGGAUGAAUUGGAGAAAGUUUUGGAUCAGGUUGAGACUGAAUUGCAGCGUCGAAAUGAGGAAACACCAGAAGAUGGAUGUCAGCCUUGGCUCUGUGGUGAAUUCUUCAGUUUGGCAGAUGUAUCGCUUGCUGUGACGUUACAUCGGUUGAAAUUUCUUGGAUUAGCAAGAAGAAACUGGGGAAACGGAAAACGGCCGAACUUGGAAGCAUAUUAUGAGCGUGUCCUGAAGAGAAAAGCAUUUCAUAAAGUUUUAGGACACGUCAACAAUAUAUUAAUCUCAGCAGUUCUGCCAACUGCAUUUCGAGUGGCCAAGAAGAGAGCGCCCAGAGUUCUUGGCACCACCCUGAUGGUCGGCAUGCUAGCGGGAAUAGCUUAUUUUGCUUUAGUGUGUCUUCGAAAGAGAUUUGCCAAUGUGAUGUUAUCAGUUAGAACCAGACAAAAUUAUUUUUAGACCUGUUUGUCCCUGGUGGUAUGGGGAGGCCAUCUCUAUUCCCCCAGUAGACUAUCUCCAAUAUGAUAUAAGCGUAUAAGAAAGGUUAUGUUCGUGAAUUAGAACUUUGUCACAGUAAUCAUCUUCUGCAGUUGCAUAAUUGGAUUGGUAAUGCUGAGAUAUUUGCAGAAAAUAUAUUUGGGGUUGCAACAAAGGAAAGAAGAUACUUUCUUUUCAGGUGUGGAGGUAUAAGGGCUGUGACAGUGUUUUAUGGAAGUGGUUAGUGUUUCUAUCUCCUUUACCCAGUAGCUGACCUGAUUAUAAUGUAUUUAUUUAAUAGCUGCAGCAAUUUGACAGCUUUUCACUGUGGGUAAAAUGCAUUACUGUGCAGAAACCAGCAUUGUUAAAAUACUGAGGAUAGUACUUAGUUUAAACGCUCAGAGUAGGAUUUGAGUGCCACGUAGGCUCUGUGCCUUUCAUGUGCGAGUUGAAUAUCUCUGUACUGCUGAAUGUCUGCUGAUUUGCAGUUGGAUCUUUAAGAAUGUAUUAUUAAGCAGCCUUCCAGAGCCACUUUUCUGACAGUAUGCUCUUCAUGUAGUAAUGCAGGAAGAGAGCUGAAAGAUAUAUAAAUAUCCAUGAUUUGUGGGCCAUUUGUGUGAAAUUUUUUUAGAGGCAUCAGCAGAUUCUGGACUUCUCUUGAUACACAGAUGAGAGUGGAAAAACUUAAUACUUGCCUUUUCAAUGUAUUUUGGGCAGCCUUUGUCCCAGCCAGAUACCCAGCUCAGCUACAAGGCCUGGCUGAGCCUCACCAAACUAUCCCAGUGCACAUACCGUUCUUUCAUUCUUAUCCCCUCCUUCUGUCUUGCUCUUGUGGUGGCUUGAUACAGUUUUAUCCAUAUUAGUGUCCCACAUACACCCUCUUAUUUCCACUUUGAGCACUGGCUGGUUUUUUUGCACAUGACUUAGCUAUGUUAGCAAUUGCAUGAGCCUCUAUGAAGUAUUUGCCCACAAUGUGCCACAGCCAACUAGAUAAAGUAUGUACAACAAUGCAUUUUGUAAAAACAAUUUAAGAUAGUCUGGUUGCGUAGCCUAUUUUGAAGGUUUAGCAACCUUUUUACUUACUUAUGGAGAGUUAUCAUAUUGGUGAUUAGUGAAAAAUAUAGGUUGGUUUAGGAGUAUGCCCGUUUACCUGAAGGUAGACUUCGAAUCAUUUUGCAGGGAGAAAGCAGUGAGGAGUUGCUGAGAAUUCUGACAUCUGUCUAUAAGUUUUCUGUGUUCUUUCUGAAUGUUAGAAAACCUCAGAAUAUUUACAAGCUGCAGGUAAUUACAACAAGCAAAACAUAACUUGUGAUGCUUGCCUGUCAACAACUAGUGCUAACAGGCCUAGGUGCAUUUUAUAUUUGAUACUGAUGAUUGUGGACUCUCCUCAUCAUUACUACUAAGCACCAAGAAGAUCCACUCUCAAGUUUGCUGUAUAAAAAAAACAGCUAAAAUCAUUGAAUACUCCUCUUUAUAAUUUAAUAUUUUAUUUCUCCAGCAAAAUAAGAUUUCAUUCUCAUUGCUGCAUUUCACUAAUGAGAAGAUCUUACCUAGGAAACAGUAUUUUAUUUGUCAAAAAGACAGUUUUAUGUAAUUCUAUUUCAUGACCCAGAUGUUUUCAUGGACUUGAAUUAAACUGCUCUAUUUAGAAAAAUUUUGUUAUAUGUAGAACAAGUUUAAUCCAACAAUACUGUUGAUGGUCUGACAGCUUUAACUGAGUUUGGUGUUUGUAUAUUGCUGUUCAUCCGCAUUUAAGUGUAACCAACAAAUUCCACCAAGUUACUGAACACAGGGUAAACCUUGUAACUUAACGCUUCCCUGGCACGUACUUCUGGCAGGCCAUCUGUAAAAUAUAAUCUGAUCAAGUCACAGUAAAUCUCAAUAUUUAUGACAGCUCCCCGUAGGAUAAAUUUAGAUUUUAUUUUUCCCCCUUUUUUCUCUUUAAAAUGUGUUAGUUCUAGUUAAGAACACGCAUUUCCAGAAGUGUGCUAGUUUACACUAGCAGCCUUAUGUGCUGAGAUAUAGAAUCAUAGAAUUGCUCAGGUUGGAAAAGACCUUAAAGAUCAAGUCCAGCCUCAACAUAACCAUACUACCCUCACUCUAACAACCCACUGCUAAAUUGUGUCCCUGAGUACCACAUCCAAACGGUUUUUAAACACAUUCAGGGAUGGUGACUCAACCACCUCCCUGAGGAGCCUGUUCUAGUGCUUAACAACCCUUUCU